CUAGUAGUUAAAUUAUUUUUGUAUCAAACGCCAGGCAGGAAAAAAAAUCUCCGUCAAAUCUCGAUUUUUUUGGUGGAUAGGUACUGAAGCCUGGCCACACCGAAAUAUUUUAUUGAUCGAUCGAAAUUCGAAGCACAAAAAUGGAUCGCACAAACUACUAGCUUAUUAAUUAUUUUCAUUGAAAAUACAUUUAAAACAAACAAAAUGGGAACGCAGAAACCUGGAGAAUGGGCUAAUUCGCUCAUUGCCCGAUUCGAAGAACAACUACCAUACAAAACUGGGGCUCAGAACCUCCAUUCUCGUAUAAAUGAAGAACAGUGCAAAGCAUGUUUAGUUCAGAUAAGUCUGCAUCGCUUCUCUUUGGUGAUUGCUGGCUUAACAAAAAUAUUGCAGAGAGUCAAUGAAUUGCAUCAACCAACGACCACUACAUGCGUCAACCGACCUCAAACGGAGCUGGAGAAGGGUUACCAUGAUAGUUUAGUAAUAGUCUUAGAUACACUAGAGAUAUGCCUCAGCUCUCAGCCCAAGGACACGGCGAAGUACGAGGAAGCGAUGAACGUUAAGAUCUUAUUGCGAGAAGUUUGCCAAUUUAUUGAUCUCCGAAACGAGAGCAAUGUCAACAGCACCCUCCUCAGGCAAUUAGCGAGUAAAGUACUAUUCGCUCUCAGUCUCAAUUUUUUCAAUGCAGUUUUCAAUAAGAUAAGCGCACGAUUACAGGAAUUAGCAUCUAGCUCAGAAGAAAACCCCGAUUACACUGAUAUAGAGCUGAUACAGCACGUCAAUGUUGACAUAUUGAGGCUUAUACGACUUUUGACAGAAUCUAUUCAAAAGUUUAAAUUGUUAAGAAAAUCAGCGCGUAUAGUACUCGUUGUGUCGCUGGAGAAAGCUGUCUGGAAUUGGAUGGACACAUACCCGCAGGAAUUCGCAGAAGUCCAAUGCCGGCCUAAUGAUGAAUUAAGUAAAUGCUGCGCCACACUCUUCGACAUCCUACAAGAUAGUUUCUCGGACAACAAGAAGUCGAGGGUGGCGAUGUGGCCGCUGCAGAUUAUGUUAUUGAUUUUGAAUCCUAAAGUUCUGGAAGAAAUAGUGAACGCUGACAGCGGGGCGCCGUGCAGUCCGCGACACACGAAGAAGAAGCACUUCGUAGACACUGUUAAGCGCGGACUUAGCCCCCAAAACAAUUCGAAGCAGAUGACAGAAGCAGCAAUAGUGACGUGCGUUAAGCUCUGCAAGGCCUCGACUUACCUGAACAUAGCUGACUCCGGCAACGUUACCUUCGUGCUCGUCAAAUCCGUCAUUAAUGACCUUAAGUCGCUGCUGUUCAACCCCAACAAGCCGUACGCUCGCGGCGCGCCGUGCCCCGGGUACUCGGAGCUGGACCUGCUGACGGACUGCUUCGUGUCGCUGUUCCGCAUCACGCCGCACUCCAACGACACGCUCAAGGUGUGCCUGAACCUCGUCACCAACAUCUCCUACCACUACGUCAUCGUCGACUCGCUACUCAGGAUAAUCAAACAGCCUCGAUUGCCGUGGUGGCCGCAAAUUGAGCUGCUCUACUCGAGAGCUGCGGAACUACGGGCAAUGUUUACGGACACGUUGAAUAAAGCAUCGCAGGCCUAUAAAGUCCACACGCCAUUACGAAUGAUAUCAUUAUCACUAAAGUCUAAGGAAGUUCAAUCGAAAUUCAACAAGUCAGAAGAGAUGACAGCGUAUAGGAACCUGCUCCUACUGCUGGUGAAACUAGUUCACGCUGAUCCCAUGCUCAUGUUGAGUAAUCGCAGCCGUACGGGGAUAGAGAUCCAAUCGUCUACUAUGGAACUGAUCAACGGGCUCGUAUCACUUGUUCAUCACACCGGGAUGGAGGAGAUAUCCCAGGAGGCGAUGGACGCGCUGCUCGCCCUGCACAGGCCGGAUAGGGUGCACAUGUGGAACCCUGAAGCGCCGGUCGACACUUUCUGGGAUUUCAGCUCGCAAGUUCUGUACAACAUAAGUCAGAAGCUGAUCCAGCGACAGAUCGGGAACUAUCGCGAAGUGCUGCGUUGGCUGCGCGACGUGCUGACAUGCCGGAACGAGUUCCUCGCCAAGCACAAGGAGUACGCCAACGUCGGCUCACAGAUACUGUUAUGCAAACCGGCGCAUAUUCAGUUGGAGGUGGUGUUCUUCAUGUGCCUGUGGUCCGUCGACACGGAGGAGGUGCUGGUGGCCAUGUCGUGCUUCGCGCUGCUGUGCCAGGAGGCCGACACGCGCUGCGGCUCGGACGACGUGUCGGCGCACACGCUGCUGCCCAACUACGCCGUGUUCCAGGAGAUCGCGCACACCUCCACCGUGCUCACCACCGGUUCAGCAGCUCUUCAAAAACGUAUAAUGGCAUUGCUGAGGAAGAUAGAACAUUGCGUGAACGGUGUUCAGCCUGCCUGGGAGGAGACGUUUAUACGUUGGUGCUCGCUGUGCAAGCUGCUGCAGAAGUACCCGAAGGGCGUGGCGGGCGACGAGCCGCCCGAGCCGCCGCACAGCGACCACGACGGGGAGAUGCAAAUCCAGGAAUGGGCGAACAUGACCUCGUUCCUGUGCGCUCUCGGUGGAGUUUUUUUUCAACAUACCAGAAAGUAUAAUGUUUUAGCAAACAUUUACACAGAAGUCAGACAAUUCAUUGGCCAGCUAUUGAGAUUACUACUCUACAGUAAGGAACGCUUCGGCGCCCAAAUACAGAGUCACUUCAAGGAAUUGGUCGACAACGAAAUGUCUCCGGCACUGUACCCGAUACUAUUCAAUUAUAUAAAAGUAACAGUCGACUACUUCUUCGAUCAGCAACAACAGGUGAUGCUAACAGAUAUAAACACGCAAUUCGUCGAACAUACGAUAUUCAUAAUGAAAAGUAUAUUGGAUAAUAAGAAGAACGACCAGCCCUGUGAACAUUUUAGCACUACUUCCAUCGAAGGAUUGAUGUUAGAUAUUGUUAGAUACGUCCAUCACCUAGACAUGACGGUGCAGUCCGUACAUAUCAAGACGAAGCUCUGCCAAAUCGUUGACGCAAUGAUGAGGCGGAGAGAUGACCUAGCUGUCAGACAGGAGAUGAAGUUCCGCAAUAAAAUGGUGGAGUACCUCACAGACUGGGUCCUCGGGACCUCUCAUCAAAUCGCACCGCCCCUGAAAGCGGACGCUUCCUCCAUUACCAGGGAGCUGGACCAGGCCUGCAUGGAGACCGUGGCGGCGCUGCUUAAAGGUCUGCCGCUGCAGCCCAAGAUGUCCGACCGUGGAGACCUCAUGGAGACCAAUAGCCAGCUUUUCUUGAAGUAUUUCACUCUAUUCUUGAACUUACUGAACGAUUGCAACGAGGUCGAGCUGACGGAGGGCCCGGGACGUCUGGCGACCUUGAGGAACGCGACCAUCCAGGCCAUGUCCAACUUACUCUCCGAGAAUAUCGAAUUCGGACUCACGCAUAGUAUUGAUUUGUGUUACCAUCGCGAUUUACAAAUGCGAGCUGCAUUCAUGGAAGUUUCGACAAAGAUCCUGCAGCAAGGCACAGAGUUCACAGCAGACACCCUGGCAGAGACCGUUCUGGCGGACCGCUUCGAGCAGCUCGUUCAGCUCGUCACCAUGAUAUCGGUUAAGGGUGAGCUGCCGAUCGCUAUGGCGCUGGCGAGCGUGGUGGGCUCCGCUCAGAUGGACGAGCUGGCGCGCGUGCUGGUGUCGCUGUUCGACGCCAAGCACCUGCUGGCGCCGCUGCUCUGGAACAUCUUCUACCGGGAGGUCGAGGUCUGUGCGGUCUCGGACUGCAUGCAAACGUUAUUCAGGGGGAAUUCGCUGGGCAGCAAAAUUAUGGCCUUCUGUUUCAAAAUAUACGGCUACGGAUACCUCCAGAGCUUACUGGAGCCGCUGAUAACAGCGCUGCUGGACCAGGCGAAUUGUAACGCUAGUUUGAGCUUCGAAGUCGACCCCGCUAGGCUGGACCCGACCCACGACAUAGAAAUCAACAGGAACAAUCUCCGAAACCUGACACACGAGGUCUUCGAGAGGAUCAUCGGUUCCGCCGAUAAAUUCCCUUCGCAGCUGCGGAGCAUGUGUCAUUGCUUGUACCAGGUCCUAAGCAAGAGAUUCGUCCAGUUUCCGCAGACAAGUGUGGGAGCGGUUGGUACCGUUUUAUUCUUACGGUACAUAAAUCCAGCCAUAGUGUCCCCUCAGGAGAUGGGAAUAGUGAAAAAACCCAUUCCACCUCACAUCAAGAGAGGGCUCAUGCUCAUGUCGAAGAUUCUACAGAACAUCGCGAACCACAUGGAGUUCUCCAAGGAGCAACAUAUGUUGCCCUUCAACGAUUUCCUGAGGGAACACUUUGAAGCUGGACGCAAGUUCUUCAUAGAGAUAGCAUCGGACUGCGAGACGGUGGACCAGACCUGGCACAACCUAUCCUUCAUCAGCGACGUCAACGUGGUGGCGCUGCAUCGCCUGCUGUGGAACCACCAGGAGAAGAUCGGAGACUACCUGUCCUGCAGCCGUGACCACAACGACGUCGGGCGGCGACCCUUCGACAAGAUGGCAACACUUCUCGCCUGUUUGGGACCACCUAAACAUAAGCCUGUGGAAUCCGCUUCACGUCUUCUGUUCUCGUCGUACGCGCGCUGGUCUUCCAUUGACAUGUCGUCAACGAACUUCGAGGAGUUUAUAGUCAAGCACAAUAUGCACCAGACAGAAGAAUAUAAGAGCAUAAAGAGUUUAAAUAUCUUCUACCAGGCCGGCACCAGCAAGAUCGGGAACCCGAUCUUCUAUUUCAUUUCUAGGAGAUACAAGAUUAGUGAAACAAAUGCGGACUUGCUCAUAUACCACGUGAUUAUAACCCUGAAGCCGUUCUGCCAGCAACCGUUCGAGUUGAUCGUCGACUUCACACAGACGAACUCGGAUAACCGGUUCAGGACGGACUUCCUGCAGAAGUGGUUCAGCGUGCUCCCCAAGGUGGCGUACUCCAACGCGCACGCUUGCUACAUCUACAACUGCAACAGCUGGGUGCGGGAGUACACCAAGUUCUACGAGUCCAUCCUGGCGCCGCUCAGGGGCAAUAGAAAGCUCAUAUUCAUAGAUAACCACAGUCGCCUCAGCGAUUACGUUGAUCCGGAACAGCAGAAGUUACCAGGAGCGAUUUUGGACUUGGAAGAAAAUCUAAAGGUCUUCAAUAAUGCUGUGAAAUUGUCGCACAAAGACACCAAAGUUGCCAUAAAGGUGGGACCUACGGCUCUUCAAAUAACGUCAGCGGAGAAGACGAAAGUGUUGGGUUUGCCAGUUCUCUUGAACGACGUUUACUACGCUUCGGAGAUUGACGAGGUGUGUCUCGUGGACGAAAACCAGUUCUCGCUGUCCAUCAUCAACGAGUCGACCCCUCUGAGCUUCAUCCACUACGACUGUGACAACAUCGUGCAGUCCAUCAUACAUAUCCGGAACAGAUGGGAGCUGAGUCAGCCUAACUCGAUGCCGGUCCACCAGUAUAUCCGGCCCAAGGACGUCCCGUGUUCGCUGCUGAACAUGGCGCUGCUGAACCUCGGCUCCAGCGACCCCACGCUGCGGACGGCCGCCUACAACCAGCUGUGCGCGCUCAUCGCCACCUUCCACCUCAAGAUCGAGGGGCAGCUGCUGGACACUUCGGGACUCUGCACUCCUUUCAACAACACGAUCUUCAUAAAGUCGGUCAGCGAGAAACUCGCUCACAACGAACCGCACCUGACCCUCAGGUUCCUGGAGGAAUGUAUACGGGGUUUCCGAGUAUUGACCAUUGAGCUGAAACAUUUGUGCCUAGAAUACAUGACGCCUUGGUUGGCUAACUUAGCCAGAUUUUGCAAGCCGUCCGAUAACCCAUGGCAUCAAAAGCGAGUAGACCAUUACAUACAAAUUUUAGAAAAACUGAUCACUCUAACCAUUGAGGAGACAGAAAUGUACCCCUCGGUGCAGGCUAAGAUCUGGGUCUCCAUCGGCCAGGUGCCCGAACUGAUCGAUACGGUGCUGGACAGCUUCAUACAGCAAAGCGUCAACUCUGGUCUCGGAUCUCCAGUGGUCGAGAUAAUGGCGGAUACGGUGGUGGCCUUGGCCUCCGCGAACGUUCAGCUCGUAUCUAAGAAAGUUAUCGUCAGAAUGUGUAAUGUUAUAGUUAAGACUUGCCAAUCGUCGACGGCGAAGCUGAAACAACAUAUAAUGUGUGAUGAUAUUGCCAUCCUCGCUAGAUUCUUGCUGAUGCUGUCCUUCAACAACUGCCUGGACGUGGCGAGCCACCUGCCGGACCUGUUCCACACGGUGACGUUCCUCGUGUGCUCGGGCACCGUGUCCAUGCGCGCCGCCACGCACGGGCUCGUCAUCAACAUCAUACACUCGCUCUGCACCUGCAACUCGCCCAGCUUCUCGGAGGAGACGCGGCGAGUCUUAAUGUUAUCAUUGGACGAGUUCGCUUUGCCGAAAUUCUACCAAAUGUUCGGUAUAUCUAAAGUGAAGUCAGCUGCCGUGACCGCGUUCAGAAGUCCCUACAACAGACACACUGCAGAAUGGUACUCGGAGCAUUCGUACACUUGCUCGGAAUUGAGUUGUGGAGCGCCUUCAGCAUCCGGAGGUCUAGUGGGUGCCCUCACAGGGGCUCAGCCGGGCGGCUCGCAGUCUGACCGCGAAUGUCUUCCACUACAGUCGUUGGAGAUCAUCGCAGACGCGUUGCUCGAGGUCAUGGAGACGUGUAUGAAGGAUAUACCGAACUGUGACUGGUUGAACACGUGGACAUCUUUAGUGAAGAACUUUGCGUUUUGCUACAACCCGGCGCUUCAGCCGCGUGCGUUGAUCGUGUUCGGAUGUAUCAGUAAGCACGUAACAAAUGACGAUAUGAAGCAACUCCUGCGCAUGCUCGCGAAGGCAUUGGAGUCGUUCAACGAUGUGGCGCUGCUGGAGGCCAUCAUCAUGUGCCUGACGAGACUGCAGCCACUGUUACACCCAGAAUCACCAAUCCACAAAGCGCUGUUCUGGGUCGCGUUAUCCGUUCUACAGUUGGACGACCCGACGCUAUACGCGGCCGGUCUCGCCCUGAUGGAACAGAAUUUACACACCCUGGACUCGCAAGGAGCUUUUGAUAAUAAAACAUUGGAGGAUGUGUUGAUGGAAACACGGAAGCCCCUCGAAUGGCACUUCGAGCCACUCGAUCACGCCGUCGGACUGAGCUUCCGCUCCAACUUCCACUUCGCGCUGGUGGGCCACCUCAUCAAGGGGUUCCGCCACCCGGCGGGCGGCACGGUGUCGCGCGCGUGCCGCGUGCUGUCCGCGCUGCUCGCCCUCGCCGCGCGCCCCGCCCGCGACAAGUUCCAGCUCACCACGCGCACCGUCGCCUACCUCACGGCGCUGGUGUGCGUCAGCGAGGAGGUCCGGUCGCGGUGUCCCGUCGAGCGCUCGCUGCCGAAAUGGUUGCCGGAUAAUUGCGACCACUACUGUCCCGCCGUUGAACGCCGUCGGGAUAGCGAAGGUCGUGCUCACAGUGUGCAGCACGGUGCGACCGGGGACGCCGCGAGGGACUUGGAAAUUGACAGCGGACUCGACCCGGUAGACGAUGACGGUCGUGGUUCUCCCGGCAGCACGGACGAGACUGAACGCCCUUCGUCCACCAAGUCUGGCGAUAGCGAUUGCCCGGAUGCCGCUACGAAGCAAUCAUCUCAAGACAAAGAGUCUAGCAGUCCGGAAUGCAACUCGCUGCUAGACCCGUCCGUGCUCUGCGACUUCACCACGCAGGCGCUCGUCUUGACCGUUCUCGCCACACUGGUUAAAUAUACCACAGAUGAAGAUGAAAUAAGGAUACUGUACCAGUACCUGGCGGAGGGCUCAGUGGUGUUCCCGAAAGUGUUUCCCGUCAUCCACAGUCUCCUGGAUAUGAAGAUCAACCAUGUUCUAAUGCAUUGCCACGAUCAAGUGAUUCUGAGCGCGGUACAGAGCAUCAUACAGAAUAUGAUAGCGUCGGAGGACGCGAGUCAGCAGCAGCUGCACUACAUGCAGAGUUGCGGCUUCGGAGGCCUCUGGAGGUUCGCGGGGCCCUUCACCAAGAACCAGUGCACGGUGGUGAGCAGCAAGCUCGUGUUCUGCCUGAGGAUGAUGGUGCAAACCUGUCUCCCGGAUGACGACUGCGUGCGGCAACCGCCCCCCGACCCCGACCGACCCGAUCGACUCGACCGACCUGAGCGCCACUCGACCUGCACGACCUCGACCAGUGGUUUCCGGGGUAAUCGCCAACCUACAAUAUUCUGUCCAGAUCAAGAGUCGUAGUUUAAUAAUGACGCGUUGGCAAUUGCAGAAAAAACUGCAAACGAAAAUUAAUAAUACCAAACCCAUACCUUAAAAAAAAUGGUGCAAAUAUCCACAAACGUAAAAAAACAAUGAAUCGAGGAAAGGAACAAAGCAUUCUGUGCCCUAUUGCUAAAAGGCCUAAAGUAUAUUUUUGAUUCAAAUGUAAAUAUCAUUUGCUAAAUCGUUUAAAAAUAAUAAAAUUAAUUUGCAACACGGCAUAAAGUUCAUAUUGUUCAUACCAACAGUACUAUACAAAAGGGUUAUGUUAUAUUGAACAAAGAACAUCUAAUCCUCGUUUCUAUUUACAUAUAUAACAAAAGAAAAGGUUAUUGAUAUAGGCCCUUCUAGCACCGGGACACAGCGUUAUAUAUAAUAAUAAUUAAUAUGCUAUUAGUUAAUUACUAAAUUUACGCGCAAAAUGUAUUUAAUACCGAUAUAAUUACAGUAAAUACACAGUAGCACUUCUCUUUUUUUCAAUUUCAAGUUCAACUAGUUCCGUUACAAACUUCAUCGACAUUCCAAAUGAUUUAUUCGCGAAUCCAUAAUGAUUAAAUACGACUUAAUUGAUUAUUUAUAUCUCGACCAAUGACGUCAUAUCCAUGUAAUGUCAAAGCUCUUUAUUUAUCUUUAAUCCUUGUUUUAGUUCUCACACGUAUUUUAGAUUUCGACCAAUGACGUCACGCCGAUUCAAGGUCAAUAGUUGUUUGUUUAUCUGUCACUCUGACGUCAUUGGAAUCGAUUAUCAAUGUUGAUCGAAUCGGCAACAAGCCGAGCCCAUUAUUGUUUCACUUGAAUUUAUAUAUAUAUUAUUGUUUUCAUGCUGGAUGAAGUAAAUUUAUUUUUAUAUAUAUCGGCCGUGUGAACAGGCGUUAAAGUAAGUGUCCUGUGCUCCUGCUUCUGAACUGCUUGAGCUGGUCAUGUUAUAUGAGAUCACGUCGGGGUUCACCAAAGGGGUCACCAAUUAUACCUUUUCCUUACCUUAAACUUCAAUUAAAUUCGACGUCCGAUUAACACCUGGGUCACAGAGCGCCUGAAUAUAAUUACACAUGUGUGCACACGGCACAUAUACAUUUCUAUAAACACAAAAUCUAGACAAGCAUCCAUACAUCGAUAUAUAUUUUGCCCAUAACACUUAGGUGCAGUUAGGUUUUGUUUUCUUUUAAAACGUUGCACAAUGAUGAUUAAAAAAUGCUAUGAUAGUUUUAAAGAACGCGUAGCUGAUAGUAUUCGAAAUGACCCGAACAUAUUUUUGGAACUUUUUUAAACAACAAAGAAAAAAUGGCACUAAACGUAUACCAAACGAAAUGUCUCUAGAUGACCACGUAGUGAAGGGAGGGAAAGAUAUAUGCAACGCUUUUGCUAAAUAUUUCGCAUCGGUAUAAAUAGAAAGCACAAAUUAUGAGGGAGUAAAUAGUUCAUCGACAUUAAUUUUGAACAAUCGAACUCAAUUUCGGAAUUCUUAUGCACCAUUUAAUAAUUGUAAGCUUACUGAAGAUGAAGUUUUUAAACAACUCUCUACCUUAGAUCCACUUAAGGGGUCCCUUAAGGGGGCCCAGAUUAUCUAGCUCCGAUAUUCCUGAAAAAAUGCGCUAAACAAUUGGUUGCACCACUAACACUUAUUUAUAAUCGUUCUUUGCAAACAGGUAUAUUUCCAGCUAAAUGGAAAAUUGCUCAAGUAACUCCGAUACAUAAGUCCGGAAAUUCAAAAGAUAUUACAAACUAUAGGCCUAUAUCUAUUUUAUCCGUAUGUGGAAAGAUUUUGGAAGGCAUCUAAGAUAUCCGGUCUAGUUUUUAGGCAAAUGAAAAUAUUUAAAGACCAUAACUUGUCAAUUCUUGUGUUCAAUAGUAUUGUACGUAGUAUCCUUGAGUAUUGUGGCACUGUUUGGAGUCCAGGAUACCAAGUUCACUCUGUACCACCUAUCGUACACGGACUUUAGAUGUAGCCAACUGUUUUCAUACGAAUCUCGUCUUACUCAUUAUAAUGUGAGGUCACUCAAGGAGCGUCGAAGGGUUGCAGAUGUGAUUUUUUUGUCUAAAUUAAUAAAUGGCCUAAUUGAUGCACGCAGUCGCAGUGCCUCGUGACGGUAGCCGCUUACAGAAUCGCAAGACGUUUUGUUUGCCUCAUACAAGAAGCAAUCCGCUGUAUAGAAUGCUAUCUUUUGCUAACUGUUUUAGAGAUACUAUAGAUAUCUUUAACGAUAAUAUCAGGGCCAUUAAAAAGAAAAUGUCCACACAAAAGGGUUAAUUUUUAGUUCUAUUUUUAUAUUAUUUAGUUACUUUUUAGUUUAGUUUAAUUCUGUUUUGCUUUUUAGUUAUUUAUUUUUAUUUUAUAGGUGAUAGUUUUUAUAAGUUUUCUUAUGUUUGUUCUAAUGUUACGCUGUAAUUACUGUAAUGUGUGUGUGUGUGUGUUAAUGUAAUUUUUUUUUUUGCUUUUAAGCCCUCAUAUAAGCAUGUAAUGUCCACAUCGAGAAGACUCAAUUGUAAAUAUUUUCAGUUAAAUGUAUUAUUGUAUGUCAUUGUCGAUUGUAUAGUUGUAGUCAGUUUUGUGAACUAAAUAAAAAAAUAAAUUAAAAAAAAAAAAAAUAAAAAAAAAAUAAACCCAGGACAUA